UCGGGAGUAAGAAAUCAUGGGCCAGGAGAACAGCAAGGUGCUUUUCGCACAGGUUUUGAAAACAAUACUCCGUUCUAGGGGCGCUAAGGUUAUUACCACCCAGCUACGUAAUUUUUUGCAGUUUGUGGAGGAGGUGUGCCCUUGGUUUCCUGAGGAGGGCACUGUUAAUUUAGAAACUUGGAAUAAAGUGGGAGAGCGUAUACAGGCUUUUUUCCAGGCACACGGCCCUCAGAAAGUGCCUGUAGAGGCUUUUUCACUCUGGACCUUGGUCCGAGAUUGCCUUGAUCCCCGGCAUGAAGGGGUGCGCAUGGAGCCACCCCCUGCAGAGGCACCAGUCGAGCCUGUGAAGGGUUCGCAACUGGGGGGCGAGGCUUCCGCGGUGGAGCUACUCAGUGUCCGGUCAGACAAAUUAAGCCCCAAGGAGGAACAAGAUUCAGAUGAGGCUGCGGCAGCUUAUGAAAAAGACAGGUAUGGGGAAUUGGUGUUCCUGUCGCAGGAAAGCACAAACAAGCGCAGUCUCCUGGCCCCUGACCUCACAGUUGAAGGGUUGCAAAAGCAGAUGCAGACCAUGAUGAGCCAAGUACGAGCCUUGCGGGAGGUCAUGAAGGAAACUCCACCUGAGAACCCACAGGGCGGGGGUCGUGCUGGCCCCGGGCCGCCCUUUGGGAAACCUAUGGCGGCCGGCCCUCUGCUCAUAGAUUUAGUAGAAGACCCUCCAGGCUAUCCUGGUGAGGAAGGGGGCAUCCCAGCUGAGGGGAGUGGAGUGGGGGUAGGGACUCCCGUCGGGGUCCGGGUUCUCGAUCCUCGGGAGAGGGCCAUGAUUGCCCUGGCCCAGAAGAGCCCAGGUCAGGCUCGGGACCCUGGCUGGGGAAAGGUGCGCACAGACGCCACCCCAAUGUCCCCCUUUCAGAUGGCACUUAGCCAGGCUCGGCUAAGAGGGGAAGACCUGGAAGGGUUUGAUUCUGAGUCGACGAUGUGUUGUCCGGUGUUUGAACAGCCUGGCCAGGGUAAUAAUCCCCCCCAGAGAUUUUAUGGCCCUAUAGAUUUCAAGAAAUUAAAAGAGCUUAAAAUGGCUUGUGCACAAUAUGGGCCUACGGCUCCGUAUACAGAGGCCAUUUUAGAGGCGUUGGACACGGAAUACAACAUGUGCCCCAACGAUUGGAAACAGCUAGCUCGAGCUUGCCUGUCUGGAGGGGAUUACUUACUGUGGAAAUCUGAGUAUACAGAACAAUGUGAAAAAGUCCAUCGAUUAAAUGUGAGGAAUAACAUACCCUCUGACCUUCAGGGUCUGCUGGGGGAAGGGCCGUAUGCGGACACCCCGGCUCAGUUACAAUUUGGGGUAGGGACCUAUGCCCAGGUCUCUGCCGCGGCCAGGAAGGCCUGGAAGAAAUUACCUACUACUAAAAAUGUAACUAUGGAUCUGACUAAGAUCAGACAGGGCCCGGAUGAGCUCUACCAGGAGUUUGUCUCCCGGCUCCUUGAUGCCGCAGGGAAGCUGAUAGGGGACGGGGAGGCUGGAAUAAUCAUUGUGAAACAAUUAGCUUUUGAAAAUGCUAAUACUGCAUGCCAGGCAGCCCUACGACCCUAUCGCCACAAGGGGUCCCUCAAUGAUUACAUUAGGCUUUGCCAAGAUAUUGGGCCCUCCUACACGACGGGAGUCACCCUCGCUGCUGCCCUGCGGGGACAAACAAUGCAGCAAUUUCUACAGCAACAGGGAAAGGGGCGCGGCAAGGGACGGCGAGUCCCUGGGCCCCCCGGCAGUUGUUUUUCCUGUGGCCAAUUGGGCCAUUUCACCAGAAAUUGCCCGCAGAGGCCUCCUUCUGCCACUCCAGGGGCUCCUGCGGGGCCUCCCCGUGGGGCGCCUCCAGGGCUCUGCCCGAAAUGUAAAAAGGGGAAUCACUGGGCCCGGGAUUGUAAGUCCAAGCUUGAUCUGCAAGGGCGGCCUCUUAGCUUACCCUCUCACUCGGGAAACUGGCAGAGGGGCCGGCCCCAGGCCCCGCAAACAUAUGGGGCUCUACAGGGGGAAACCUGGGGGAAGCCCCCCGGAAACAAUCCAUUUGUGACCUCUUCCGAGCCACCCCAGGGAGCGCCGGACUGGACCUCAGUUCCGCCGCCUACACAGUACUGACCCCGGCCAUGGGAAUGCAGGCUCUGCCUACUGGGGUCUACGGUCCCCUGCCCGCAGGAACGGUGGGACUCCUCUUAGGACGCAGCAGUAGUA